AUGGAGAAACAAAAUCUAAAGGAACUUUUUAGGGAAAUUUACAGAUCUCCUCCUUCCAACACUUCAACUCGAUCUAGGAGGCGUCACAAGAAGGUUGAACUUCCAGAGGGACUAUCAUCAUUCACCCAUAUUUACCAUAAUGAUUUUGUUGGCCGAAAACCAAAGAAGGUGAAGGAUGAUGAUGUGGCCAUUUGUUUCUGUAAAUGUGAUCCCGAUAACCCUGAAAGUGCUUGUGGAGAUGGGUGCUUGAAUGUCAUGACCAGCACAGAAUGUAUACGUGGGUACUGCCCAUGUCAGGACUAUUGCAAGAACCAGAGAUUUCAAAAUUGUGAAUAUGCCAAAACCAAGUUGUUCCAAAUUGAAGGGCAUGGAUGGGGUCUUUUAGCUGAUGAAGAUAUUCAGGCUGGACAAUUCAUUAUUGAAUAUUGUGGAGAGGUUAUCUCAUUGGAAGAAGCCAAGCAUAGAUCACAAAGUUACGAAGCACAAGGUCUUAAGGAUGCAUAUAUAAUUUCUUUAAAUUCUAAUUAUUUCAUUGAUGCUACAAAGAAGGGGAGCCUUGCCAGGUUUAUAAAUCAUUCAUGUCUACCUACUUGCGAGACAAGGAAAUGGACAGUGUUGGGGGAAAUACGAGUGGGGAUGUUUGCAAAGGUAGACAUAUCAUCUGGAACAGAGCUGUCAUACAAUUACAACUUUGAGUGGUAUGGUGGUGCCACUGUUUGCUGUCUGUGUAGGGCUGCUAAUUGUUGUCUAUUUCUGGGUGCAAAAUCUCAGGGUUUUCAGGAAUAUAACCAUGUGUGGGAAGAGGGAGAUGACAGAGUUGAGAAGGUUCCACUUCAUGACUCUGCUAAAGAUGAGCCCCUUUCACGCAUCCCUGAAACCAUUAGCCCUUUCAAAUUUGAUUCUUUGGAUGGUCUGGCAACUGAUUACUCUCAGAAAAUGGAAGUUGACGAUGUGCUUGAAUGGAAGUUGGAUUCCUCUACUACUGUCAUGCCACACAAUUCAGUUCAAGUUGAUGGCAUGACAAUGAAUACCGAGAAAGUAGAAGUCUUGGAGAGCGGAAAAUCAAAGGAACAAGACAUGCAACAGGCCGUUUAUCAGAUGAGAGCAGUCUUAUCUGGACUUCGAAUUGAUAGUGCUUCUCAAAAUUUCGAUGUCGGAUCAGGCUCAUCUUCAAAGAAGAAAUCCGACCGUUUAUCGAAGCGAAAGAAAAGAUCUACUGGGGGAAAGCAAUCCAAUACAAAAAAUAUUGCUGAUCUGUUUCAAUCAAAGGAAGCGCAAGAAGAUGUUGGAUCAAAUUCGUCUUCAAAGAAGAAAUCAGAGCGUUUACCGAAGCAAAAGAAAAGAUCUACUGGGGGAAAGCAAUCCAAUACAAAAAAUAUUGCUGAUUUGUUUCCAUCAAAGGAAGCACAGAAAGAAGUGCGCAAAUAUGAGAAAAUUAAGAACCAAGCUGCUGCCAAUCUCAAAUCCGUAUAUGAUGAAAUACGUCCUGCCAUCAAAACGCAUGGGAGGGACAGCCAGGACAGUAUUCCUUCUAGUGUGGAAACUAAGUGGGUUGGAGCGCACUGCGCAAAAUAUAAAGCUGAUCUCAACUUUAGUGUUUCUGUCAUAAAGAACUUUCUCGAUAUUGCUCAUAAGGGUGGUAGUGGAUCAAAGGCUUCAGGAAGUGGACUCUCUCUGAAAGAAUGAAGCGUUGUUGUGCUGGCGCUAAAGAAUGCAUUGGAAACAUAUCUAAAUUUAUUUAAAAAAAAAGUGGGGACCAUUUGGGAUUUGAAUUCUGUAAUAUUUUAAGUAUUUUGAAGUUUGAGGAGUUAUAUCUGUGGAUUUA